AUGAGCGAAGCGGCUUUGUCAAGAAUCUCUAAUCUUCUUAGAGAUGAGAGCGACUUGCAAAAGAUCGAUGAACUCCGGCGUCAAUUUCAAAAAGAGAAAAGCUCAAUUGACAUGAAACUCAGUACAGCCACGCAAGAUCAAAUUGAUUUCAUAUUCUCCAACUUGACGAGACUUCAAGACUCCGUCGACAAACUUUCUUUGGUCAAGCGAAACAUUGAGAAGAUUGAUACAAUUUACGACGAUUCUAUCACGAACGUUGCGGAGUACGACACCCUCAGAAAUAUCACUUCUGUUCAUCAAACUAUGAUCCAGGUGCAAAAUCUAUACACUGAUAUCGCCAAUUUUAGAAAGUUCUUGGAUCAUAUCAGCAGUAUGAUCGAGUCAGAGCUUUCCAUCGUUAGUGAGGAUAUACUGUACCAGUUGGUAAAUAUCUACAGAAUUCAUUUCAACGUCACUCAAGUGCGCAAUUUUGCUGAGUACAUGGAAGUGGAGGCCAGCCAGCUCUCUGAUGAUGUACAGCUGAUUGUUCAAAAAAUUGUUCAGCCUGUUCGCAAGGUGAUUCGGUUAUUUGACGAAUUGCUCAAGGAAAUUUGCAUAACUGCUACGGAGGCUGCGAAAGACGGUAACUCAAGCUUGGUUUUUAAAUUGAUCAAGAUCUUGCAGUAUGAAAAUAAGGAGGAUGUCAAAGCUACUUUGCAGGAAAGGUUAGGUCUCAUAAGCAAAGAGGGUAUGAAGACCCUCAAUUAUUCCGAGUAUAGACGCGAGCCAAGGAACUACAUGAAGUUUUUCUAUUCGAAGCUUGAAGAAAGCAUCAAAGAUACCUUUAGCCGAUGUGUCAACCAUUUCGAAGAUAAGAUGGAUGUCUAUGACAGUCUUGGGUGGCUCCAAGAGGAGUUGGAAUUCACCAUCCAGACCUUUGGUCCUAUGUUUCCUGAAAGUUGGGCGGUUGGUGAUUUUAUCGAAAAAACAUACUACAACCACCUCCACAAGUUUACUAUGGACAUGAUCGCCACGAAUCCACCAGCUGAAGACUUGAUGCGUAUUCUUGACUACGACAAUUACCACAGUGAAAUGAUGGCGACGUUGCACGAAGGUGACAAAUCCAAAAAGACUCAAAGAUCUAUUUUGGGAGACGAGCUCAAGAGCUCGGUACUUGACGACUACAUGCGUGUUAUUGACACCAAGAUGUUCGAAUGGAAUGAUACUCUCAUGAAGAAUGAAACCACAUAUUUCCUCGAGCGUUCUGUUGAGCCAGAUGUCGUACCUCACCAUCAGGUGAUAGAAGAUCUCGAUGAUUACGAUCAUCCCUAUGUCAGAGAGGAGACAAAAGAUAUUUACGUUUUGGCUGACUACAAAACGUCUUUGCAGAUGUUGAAAGACCACGCAGAUGUCGCUGCUAAAUCAGGAUAUGGUAAAGUGUUGGUUGAGGUUAUCGAGCAUUGGUGUCAGUGCUACAACAAGAGGAUUGAAAACUAUACGAAGCUUGUGGAUCAAGAGGUCGGUAAUUUCAUGGCUCUUUAUGGUAAUGACAAGCUUCUAAUAAAAGAAAGCAAAUUAAAACGUCUUUUCAGAUUCAGGGCCAAUGCGGAGGAGGAACUAGACUUGGAGAAUAUGACGGACGAAGAAAAGACGGCCAUUUCCAAGCCUGGUCUCGAAGAUUACUUAACAGCUUUGGGAAACACGUACGAGAUCAAUUCCGAUCGUCUACAAGACAAAUUCUUGCCGAAUUACAUGAACAAAGUUCAUUCGCUGUACACAGAGCGUAUUGAGCAAGCUAUAAUGAGCACAAUUUUACCAAGCACGGAUCUUAACGCUGUGGUUGUGCGUGCUCAUGCUGACAUGAUUGUCAACGACACUAUCCCUAUUUUGUGCAGAGUUUUCACCAAGGAUUGGUAUGUUGACUCCGACUACGAAGCCGAGCAAGGUAAAAGUAUGUCGCAGCUAAUGAUGUCCUUAAUAUGUGAGGACGGCUUGCCGGCUGUUCAGCAGUGGGGAACCUACGAUCUACACUUUAUCACAUUGACUGUGAUGCUUGACAAUUUUAUUAAAGCCUAUCUUCGCGUGGGCUACAACAACAUUCUCCAUGGUGACGGUAAGAAAAUUGACCCUCACGCUACCAAAAAAUACAAAAUGUUCAGUGAAGCCAUUUCACGAGAUGUUGAAGUGUUUUAUGGGGAGUUGGACAAGCAUUUUUCCAGAAAAGAUGCGAUGCUUCUUGUUAAGACAUUGUCUGCUAUUGAAUUCUUGAGUGAUAUGGCAACAUUUGAGAAUCCCUUUGAGGAAAUACCACCAUUUUGGGAACAAGAAAUCUUGCCAGUAUUUGCUGAUUGUUCGGUUGAGUACGUCCGCGGAAUCCUCCUUUGUCGCAAGGACAUCGAAUCAAAGCGUGUUCCACAGCUUAUGAACGAAUUGUUGGAGAUCCAGCGCAACUUCGAGCCAACUGAGGAGAUGAUACAGGUGCAAACUUUGAGUCAUUUCACUUAUGAAUAA